AUGGGUGCACAUCAAUUAUCUACUCACGCACAUAUAAUAAUUCAGGUUACAGCCAGCACCUGGAAAGCUUGUAGGUUCCAAACCAUUCCUCUCUGCGCCAUGGGCAACAACAAUUCAACUUCUUCAGUUAGCAAGCCCAUACCCGAGACAUCGUCGAGGUGCCUGACGGAGUGCGCCACCGCCGCCCACAACUUCGAGGUGACGAGGUACUCGCUGCUCGAGGGCAUGGGAGUCGGCAAGUUCGUUAGCUCGAGCACAUUCAGCGUCGGCAGCUAUGGCUGGGACAUCAGGAUCUACCCUGAUGGAUGGGAGGAGGAGGACAAAGCCGCCUACAUGUCAGUCUUCUUGUGUUUCUUUCGGUCGGUAGGUACUAUACGGGGCUGGCCCAGGUUUACCGACAAGUGCGAGCUCAAGGAAUUGCUACUCCGUGAUGAUGACUGCUUCACCAUCAGGUGUGUUUUGACCGUCAUAAAAGAGCCUCGCACGGAAGAUUUAAGCACAACUGAAGUCUCAGUUCCACAGUCAGACCUGCACACACACUUUGCUAACAUGUUGAAGGAUGGGCUAGGUGUGGAUGUGACAUUCAGCGUCGGCGGUCAACUCUUCACUGCACAUAGAUGCGUGUUAGCUGCACGAUCCUCGGUUUUCAAGGCUGAGCUCUUUGGUCCAAUGAAGGAGUCCACCAUGAAGUGCAUCAAGAUCGAUGACAUGGAGCCUUCUGUCUUCGAGGCACUUCUUCACUUCAUAUACACAGAUUCUCUGCCAAGUGACUUGGAUCAGGAUCAGAAUGUGGAAUUGCAGCACCUGUUGGUUGCCGCAGAUCGGUAUGGACUAGAGAGGCUAAAGGCUAUGUGUCAAGGGAAGCUAUGCCAGAAAAUUGAUGUGCAAACAGUUGCAACCACCCUUGCUUUAGCGGAGCAGCACCACGCCGCGCAACUCAAGAAUGCUUGUCUCAGAUACCUUUCUUCACAGGAGGUGCUUCGAGCUGUCAAGGAGACUGAUGGAUUCAAGCACCUCACAGCAAGCUGCCCGUGGAUUAUGGACAUUUUAGAGAAGGUUGCGCCACCGUCAGGAGUAUGA